CAACCAACCAACCAACCAGGCAACCUUCAAAACGAAGAAAUCUCUUGACAAAAUCAUCAUAACCUUCUUGCCCACUCAUCUCUUCCAGUUCACUUCUCUUCUCGCUUCUUCUCAUCUCUUGAUUCCCUCCAAUUUGCAAUGAUUUCGGUUUCCAGAUUCUGGGUUUUAGCUGUUUUUGUGUCAUUUGUGGUGGUUCCUGUGGUGGUAUCCGAUGAAUGCAGCCAAGACAUCAACGCAUUUCUUCCUCUUCCAUAUGCUAAUAUGACGCAUAUGGUGUGUAAACCUGUCUGGAAUUCAUACAUUGUUCGAUUCUCACAGAGCAAAGACAAUGUAGUCACAAUCGUAUUAUCAGCAACCUACACAAGUGGAUACGUUGCAAUGGGGUUCUCAAAAGAUGGCAUGAUGCUAAACUCAAGUGCCAUGGUUGGAUGGAUCACCCGAAAGGGUACUCCGGUAAUUAAACAAUACUACGCCGAAGGUUUCAAGCCGUCGGAAGUAAAACACGACAAGGGCGAGCUACCCUUGACCGGAAUUCCUCCAUUUGUCACCGUCAACGGCGCAAAGAUUCACUUAGCAUAUCAACUCCAGUACCCGAGUCAACUCAGAACUCAACCGAUUUUAUUGGCUUUCUCAAGCAAAUACCCAGAGCACCACCUCCUAUCUGUUCAUGAAGACAAGACAACUAUCCAUUUGGAUUUCUCUCAAGGUUCUUCUGGAUCAAAUUCGAAUUCGAAUUCAAGAACGCCUUCUAACAAUCUCCAUCGUUCAAAAACGACUCAUGGGGUAUUGGGUUUACUCGGAUGGGGUAUAAUCCUGCCAUAUGGAGCUAUUGUCGCGAGAUACUUCAAGCAUAAAGAUCCGUUAUGGUUUAGUUUCCAUGCGCCAACUCACAAAGGCAUUGGAAUAACUGCCAUCGUGCUCAGUGUUCUACAGGUUAUGGCAUUCUUUAUAAGACCUGAUAAGGACAGUAAGCAUAGAAGGUUAUGGAAUUGGUAUCAUCAUUAUGUUGGAAGAAUUGCUCUCGUCUUUGGAGCUUUAAAUGUAUUUCUAGGUAUACAGCUUGCUGAUGCAGGAUCUUCAUGGAAAAUUGGUUAUGGAUCCUGCAUUCCCAAUGGAUCCUGUCCAUUAAAGGAAAGUCGAGUGAAAAUGUGUUUUAGAAGAUUGAAGUUAAGAAGGAGUAAGACCUUGAGCGCUGGAGAAUCUUUCUAA